AUGUUCCUGACCACCAAAUUUUAUAAAACCAUACGGUGUAUAGUGUAUCUCCCUCGUAUUGCCGGCUGUCUUGACAAUCGUCGAGCAGUCGUUGCUCUCACAGGACAAGAGAUUUAUGAAAAUCCUAAAUGGGUCGCACCCGGACAAGGGGAAGACCAAAUUAUGGAUGAUCACGGAAGACCCGUCCCUCAAUACUUGAAACGGGAACUCCCCUUCAUCACAUCAGAGUUUGAUCGUCUUAAAGACGACAUACCUACGAUAUGUGCUAGAGCAAUUCAAAUCGCGCGAAAUGAUUGUGAAGCUAAGGACUUUCGUAAAGAAAAGGCUGUUAAGUUGCGAGACGACGAAAACGACGGUGGUGGCAACCCCGAAGUUGAAAGCAAAGCGGUCGCAGACCGUGCUUAUCGUGAAGUCAUGCGAAGGAUGAAAAAGAUGAAUGUCAAUUCUUCGAAAGGAUCCAACUCGAAAGGGAAGAAACCUUCCCAACGUCCCAAAAAGCCCAAGAAGAACAAUGGUUCUUCAGGGAAUGGGCAAAGGACGAAGAAGAAGCACGCCGCGAAGAACGCGGCGAAGAAAUCCUCGAAGCCAAAGAAGGCUGGCAAAGGAAAACCCAAUGGAAACUCAUCUUCAAAGGGCCCAAAGAAGGGAAAGCCCUCCUCGAAGAAGUCGGGAAAGCAACCGCAAAAAUAG